AUGAAGUUGCUUUUCACGACCGUGUUAAUCGUUCUGGCUGUGGGUAGCAAUGGUCAAGGGUCUCCCCAGACACGAGCAAAUUGUGAUGCCUUAACUGGAAUAACUAACCCAUGUACUGGUACUGAAAAAAUUGGCUACUACCCACAUCCCUCUGACAACACCAAGUUCCUACAGUGUGGUGGCGGACGUAUGUUUCUGGUACAGUGUCCUACUGGAGAGGUUUACAGCCAAGAUGCAAGAACAUGUCUCCCUCCUGUGAAGCAGACAACAGCCUUGCCAGCAGUCACCAUAUCUUCUGGAACCCAGGUGUCCAAUCCCUGCAGUCCCCAGAACCUGGCAACAGGCAGUGUAUACUUCCCUGUACCUGGAAACAAGCACAAAUUUAUUGAAUGUUCUCCUGAUGGCAGUGCUAAUCUGCUUGAUUGUCCAUCACUACUGGAGUGGGAUCAGACGAGACAAUCAUGUGUUUACAGUUCACAGACACAGACUCAACAGCCGACACAGGACCCUAACACACUAACAGGAAGUGGAGUGGAUAAAAACCCCUGUCUGGGCCAGACAGUGACCAAUGCUGGCCUUUUCUUCUCACAUCCAGACCCUAGCAAGUUUAUCCAGUGUGACGUUGCUGGGAAUGCAUUUGUGUUGCCCUGUCCUCCCGGCCUUGUAUGGAACGAAUACAGUACUACUUGUGUAUCGCCAUAUCUCGUGUAUUCACCCACCAUUCCCUCUCUUGUUUAAAAAGCUUGGGCUUUCCUCUGUACACUUUUCUGGGUGAACUUUUACGUUCACAUAACAGAUUGUCAAUGAAGGAUUCCACAUCUGGUAUGAGUUGUCCAUCACUUGGCACUGAAGUUCCUAUAAUAAAACAUUAAUUUAAUAAAUUUUAAGAUAAGGAGAAUAA